UACAUUUUAUUAACUAUCGUGUUGCCUAGUAAAUUAUAAGCAAAAAUAAUUUUGUAAAAAAAUCUUAAUUUCGAACUCAAUAUAUUUUCUAGAAUUUUGACAGUAUUAUUAUAACGGCAUAAUGUCUUCUAUAAGUGAGUCCGGUACACACUGGUAUUUCGCAAGUGAUGAACAGGAACCAUUCUCAGUACUACCUCUAAGAGAGUGUACACCAAAUCAAAUACAAGCGAAACUGGAAUUUUUAGAAAAAAGUAUUUUGUUACUUAGAUGCGAAUGCGAAGUAAUAGAAUUAAAUUCCAUAAAAGCACAACCCGAGCUGGCCGCUACAAACACAAUUGACGUAUCGUGGAUGCCCAAUGCUGAAGAACAUCGUGGAGCUGUAAUCGUUCCUAAAGUUGCAAGAUUAUCGAGAGAUAAGAUUCGUCAGUCUGUGAUUUUAAAGAAAUCGAAUAAGUCUGUUAUUGGCAGCAUGUAUAGUGUUGUUAGUAAGGCGAUUAAAAUGAAUAAGAUAUCAAUACACCAAGUGAUUGCCGAGGUAGAGAAAGCCUUAACAAUUUUGGAUGGAUAUUUUGAUAAAACAAACAGUAGGAUAAUGAAGAGCAUCGAUAAAAUUGAAAACCAAACUGAGAACAUUCAGCUCGAAAUUAACAGACAACUUCAAUACAUUGAAACUUUUAGGGCGAACGUCUUAGUGGCUGGCUUUAACAGAUUAACCAAACGCAUACCGGCCGAUAAAUAUGAGGAAUUUAUAAAAAAAAAGUUGAUGUCAUCCACGCUAUAUUUGAACGAUCUUCAAAUCAAAAUAACCGAUGCUAAGACCGAGAAGCAGAUGUUGAACGAAAGAUACAUGACUUUGAAAUAUAUUCGGGGCACGGUAUUCGAAGAGGACAUGCAUAACAUAAGGAUGAUGAACAAAAAACUAAUGAAAGAACAAAUCGAAAUUUCAGCAAAGAAUAAAGAACUUAAACAGCACUUAAGUGUUGUUCGUCAAGAUUAUUUAAAGAAAAAAAAUGAUUUGGAAAAAUUUGAACUUAAUUUAGACUUACCAUCAUUGGACGCAGAAAUCAAACGUUAUAGGAAGAAAUUACUAAAAGUAACACCGAAGUUACUUCCAAUGGUAGAGUGUCGAGAUAAUUAUAUGAAUGAUAAUAAAGAUAAUGACGAAGAAGAUGAUGAUGAUGAUGAUGAUGAUGAUGAUGAUGAUGAUGAUGAUGAUGACGAUGAUGACGAUGACAAUGAUGAUGAUGAUAAUGAUGAUAAAGAUAAAUUGCACCAUAUCGAGAAAAUACCCAGUCAAUCCCUAGAUGAACGAAUUAAUCACUAUCUUGAACUCAAAAGGUCUAUCGAUAAGACAGACAGAGAAAUUAAAUCAGCGAAACUGAAAUUAAAUCGAAAAAAUAAACUGGUACAGAUGUAUGUUAUGAAAUUGAAGAAAGAAAAAAAAGAAGAAAUGUUAUAACCUAAUCCUUUGUCAUUGAUUGAAUCAUUUGAAUGUAUUCUUAUUCAUAAUUUUUAUAAUCGCUAAAUAGAAAAAUAUCACACGUGUGUUGCACUGUUGCCUAUAUGAUACUAGAUUGAACUAG